UGGGCGGAAACCCUGCCUUUUUCUGUGUGUGAUUGGUCUACUUGUUGUUCCCGGAAGUAACUCCACCGCGCUAACUUUCAAACAUCUUGUGUUGGUGAUGGUGCGGAACCGAACAGCUGAAGCAAUGCUUGGGAAAGGCAGAACCCCUCGCAGACUCGGUCCAAAGAGGACAAACAGCAUAGAGAAGGAUCCGGUUGGUGUGUACUGCCGCAUACGUGCGCCUGGACCUGAUGAUGGAGAAAGUUGUGUGGAGAUGAUUAGCAACUCUACUAUUCAGCUUCAUGCUCCUGAAGGACUGAAAGCAAACCGAAAUGGAGAAUACAAAGAGACGCAGUACUCCUUUAAGAAGGUGUUUGGAAUUGAUACAAGUCAAACCCAGCUGUUCGGGGAUGUGGCCAAAUCGCUGGUGGAGGACCUCAUCAACUGUAAAAACGGUCUCCUCUUCACUUAUGGUGUCACUGGCAGUGGUAAGACCUACACCAUGACGGGAUCCGCUGGGGAAGGGGGACUUCUGCCCCGCUCGUUGGACAUGCUCUUCAACAGUAUCGGCCCCUUUCAAGCCAAAAGAUUUGUUUUUAAACCGGACGACAAAAACGGGGUGGAUAUACAGAAUCAAGUGGAUGCCCUUCUGGACCGGCAGAAAAGAGACAGUCAUAUAGUAGUGCCAAAGGCUCCCUCUUCCAGACAGAAGGCCGAUCCCGAGGUGGCAGACAUGAUCAACCCAGAGGAGGCCUGCAAAUGUGAAAACGUGGAUGAAGACACUUGUUACAGUGUUUUCGUUUCAUAUGUGGAGAUCUAUAACAAUUACAUAUACGAUCUCCUCCACGAGUCUCUAGUCGACCCUGUCAGAGCCCGGCCACCUCAAUCCAAAGUCCUGCGUGAAGACCAGUUUCACAACAUGUACGUUGCUGGCUGCACAGAAGUGGAGGUGAAGUCUACUGAAGAGGCUUUUGCAGUGUUUUGGAAAGGACAAAAGAAAAGGAGGAUUGCAAACACUCAACUCAACCGAGAGUCCAGUCGCUCUCAUAGUGUGUUCACACUCAAGCUGGUCCAGGCUCCGCUGGAUGAUGAUGGAGACAAUGUUCUUCAGGAUAAGAAUCAGGUUAAUGUCAGCCAGUUGUGCUUAGUUGACUUGGCUGGCAGUGAACGCACCAACAGGACAAAAGCUGAAGGCAGCCGCCUCCGGGAAGCAGGAAAUAUAAACCAGUCGUUGAUGGCGCUGAGGACAUGCUUGGAGGUGUUACGUGAGAACCAGAUGAGUGGAUCGAACAAGAUGGUGCCAUACAGGGACUCGAAACUGACUCAUCUUUUUAAGAAUUACUUUGAUGGUGAAGGACAUGUUCGCAUGAUUGUCUGUGUUAAUCCAAAGGCUGAUGAAUAUGAAGAAACUAUGCUGGUCAUGCGCUUUGCUGAGAUGACACAAGAAGUGGAAGUGGCACGGCCGGUCGACAGGCCAAUUUGUGGCUUCACUGCAGGACGCAGGCAUAGAAACCAGGAGUUCCGAGAUGAACUUUCACGGCGUCUGGAGGAGAGAGGUGGGCCCUGUAAUGCUGACGGCUCUUUGCCACUCAAUCAGCUCAUUGAGAAUCUUCCACCACUGCCGGCGUGUAACUUGGUGGACCCAGCAGAUGAUCAGACGCUUCCACGCAUCAUCGAGGCCCUGGAGAGAAGACGGCAUCUUCGGCAUGCACUGAUCCAGCGUUAUAAUGAAACUGCAAGUGCAAUCAGAUCCACGAUUCAGCAGUCUGCCACUCAGCUUGGUGCACAGGAGAACGUGCUUCAUGAUCACCAAGCCAAGCUGCAUGAGAAUGAAAAAGUCAUAAACCACCAGAGAAAGGAGAUAGAACGUCUGGAGAAGAAGUCCAAAACUCUGGAAACUAAGAUCGACAUCUUACAGAAGACAGUCAAUGUGUAUGAGAACGACAAACGCUCGCUGCAACAAGGCCUGGAGUGUCAGUCAGUCAGGCACCACAGAGAGCUGGCUGAGAUGAAGCGACGGGAGCAGCAAAUGCAGGCUGUGGUGAACGAUGCUAAGUUCAAGUGGGAGAAGGAGUGUGAUCGACGAGUAAAUGCCAAGCAGAUGGAGAUGCAGAACAAGUUGUGGGUGAGAGACGAGAAGCUGAAGCAGCUCAAAGCCAUCGUCACCGAGAGCAGCAACACCAAAGAACGUUCCAACCCAACUAGUAGGGAGACAGCGGGCCAGAAGAGGUCGCCUUCACUACUGCCUGACAGUGUUUUUAAAGUGCCAAACAGAGGACGGACUGUGCAGUUCACUGAUGUCGAGAAACUCAACUGGGAAAACCAGGCGGCAACAAGUCGCAAGAGAAGAUCUGACUCAUCAGACUCCACCUCAAAUAUCGGGGAAAGCGACGUUGAGUCUCCAGGGGCCUUUGCAAGUGAGAACCUUGUCGACCAGAAACGCAGACGGCUGUAGCACAGUACCAGAAAACCCAGACAGAUUGUAUUCUGCUUUUUUUUUUUUUCUUUUUUGGGGAGAAUACUUGUCAUCAGAUGUAUCGUAUCAAGCAUUAAUUUCCACUUUUGUAAUUAAGAAGGAAUAUCAAAAGGGAACUGAACUGUUUGAGAUGUCUUUAAAUUUUAGCGUAACAGGUGUUUUUUUUCCCUACCUCUAGAACAUCAAUCUGUCAACAUUUAUCUUGUGCAAUAACUCUUUUUUUCCCAGGUAAUUUAAUGUCUACUGCAAAACGCACAAUGAUUUUUCCAUCCAUUAAAUGUGACUCGA